AUGUUCUGUGACAAGGUGCUGUCCUUUUUGAAGAGCCUAUCGAGGCGAAAGCCACUGGAGCCUGAUGGUGAAGAGUCCAACUUCAAGCGUUGCUUAACCACACUCGACCUAGUGGCCCUUGGGGUGGGAAGUACACUUGGUGCUGGGGUCUAUGUCCUUUCUGGGGAGGUUUCCAGAACAGUAGCUGGUCCCAGCAUCAUUGUGUCAUUCUUCAUUUCAGCAGUGGCAUCUGUGUUUGCGGGCUUGUGUUAUGCAGAGUUUAGUGCCCGAGUGCCCAAGACUGGCUCUGCCUACCUGUACAGCUACGUCACUGUCGGAGAGGUGUGGGCCUUCAUCACCGGCUGGAACUUACUGUUGGCAUACAUCAUAGGUACAUCCAGUGUGGCAAGAGCAUGGAGUGGCACUUUCGAUGACUUGAUUGGAAAUAAGAUUGCCAGUUAUUUGAGUGAAAAUACCCCAAUGAAUUUACCUGGCCUCGCUCCCUAUCCAGACUUCUUCGCCGCUGGCCUUAUUCUGGUUUUGGCAGGUAUCCUUGCAUUUGGGGUGAAGGAGUCUGCCAUUGUCAAUAAGAUCUUCACAGCUAUAAAUAUUGUAGUUCUGGUUUUUGUCGUCAUUGCUGGAUUCAUCAAGGGUGACAUUGGAAACUGGCAGAUAACAGAGGAGGAAAUUUGGAACUACACAAUAACUGCAAAUCUCUCAACCUCAAAUGAAACUUUAUCCAGUUUUGGAACUGGAGGAUUCUUUCCCUUUGGUUUUGAGGGAACUUUUGCUGGUGCCGCUACCUGUUUUUAUGCCUUUGUGGGAUUUGACUGCAUUGCAACCACAGGUGAGGAGGUCAAAACCCCUCAGAAGUCUAUCCCUAUAGGAAUUGUGGCUUCUCUUCUCAUCUGUUUCGUGGCUUAUUUUGGCGUUUCGGCUGCUCUCACCCUCAUGAUGCCCUACUACCAACUAAAUGUUCAGAGUCCCUUACCUGUAGCCUUCACCUAUGUGGGCUGGGAUCCUGCAAAGUAUGCUGUGGCUGUUGGAUCUUUGUGUGCUCUCUCAACAAGGUGAUGCAACACAUGUUGACC